ACAUGAGACAGGAGGGGGUAUUAAUGCUAAAUGGCAGUGUAGGACCCCUGAGUAAUAUGGUGUUGUUACAGUAAAGCCCCGGAGUGUGGCCUAAGUGACUAGGCCGGAAUGUGUGCAGGAGAGAUAAUGCCAGAAAAAGAAAGGAGAUAACGGUUAACUCCCCCCCAUUACCCCGCAGUAAAACAAGCCACAGAGCGGGCAGAAGGUUCUGACAGACACGUCUCCGCCCCCCCAGUGACGCGUGGGGGCGGAGUCGCAGUGUCUUCUGUUCUAUGUAAAUCUCUGGAUGGGAUCCGGCUCUGUGCUCCUGCCACACAAGGUAACUCCGGCUGUGGGGCUUGACAUUCCGUGUCACUGCUCUGUGCUGUCACUCACGGGAAUCACUGGCAGGUGGAGCCCCCUAGAAGAUGACAAUUGAGGAUUUGGGAACCAGUCGCCUUGGAAAAGACUCUCUUUCUAUUGUUAGAAAUUACCGGGCUUAUUACGUGGGCUGCAAGAGGCCGGUGACCUUUUCUAUCUCUGCUGCGCCAAUGCCUUCCGAUUGCGAAUUCUCCUUCUUCGAUCCAAAUGAUGCUUCCUGCCAGGACAUUUUGUUUGACCCGAACACUUCCAUUUCGGAGCUGUUUGCUAUCCUGCGCCAGUGGGUUCCCCAGGUCCAGCAGAGCAUCGAUGUCAUUGGUAAUGAGAUUCUGAAGAGAGGAUGUGGAGUCAAUGACCGAGAUGGGCUCACCGACAUGACCCUUCUGCAUUACACCUGCAAGUCUGGGGCCCAAGGAAUAGGAGAUGCCGAGACAGCAGCAAAAUUUGCUUCCCGUCUGAUAAAUCUGGGGGCAGACAUCAACUUGCGGAGCCGUUGGACCAAUAUGAACGCUCUUCACUACGCGGCUUACUUUGAUGUUCCUGAGCUCCUUGAGAUUAUCCUGAAAAAUUCUAAGCCAAAAGAUGUUGAUGCCACCUGCAGUGACUUUGAUUUCGGCACAGCUCUGCACAUUGCAGCCUCCAACCUGUGCCUGGCAGCUGUGAAAAGCCUGCUUGAACAUGGAGCUAAUCCUGCCUUUCGGGACGACAGAGGACAAGUCCCCACAGAUGUCGUUCCUGACCCAGUUGACAUGCCAUUGGAAACGGCGGAUGCAGCUGCAGUAGCCAAGGAAAUCAAAAAGAUUCUGCUGAAUGCCAUUCCCCUGUCCUGUUAUCUCUACAGGGUCACCCCUGCCAGCCACGAAAUUGUCCCCUGCAGCGCUUCCCUCUUGACUGCUGGUCUGAAGAUUGGGGACAGGGUUCUCAUAGCUGGCCAGAAGGUGGGCACACUGAGAUUUUGCGGAUCAACAGAAUUUGCAUCUGGGCGGUGGGCUGGCAUAGAGAUGGAUGAAUCCGAAGGAAAGAAUGAUGGCCGCAUUGGAGGAGUAACAUAUUUUAAAUGUCCCCCAAAACAUGGAAUUUUUGCACCUCUCUCCAAGAUUAGCCGAGCAAGCGACUCCAUGCGCACAUUUAUCAAGAGUUCCUCUGCCAAAACCAUGGCUUCUGUCAAAUCACAAAAGCUGGACCUCAGCCGUGUCACUCCAAAAAUUAACACAGGACUUGGUCCAACAAAGAAAAAUAGUCUCUCUGACUCAAUCCAGGGAAGCGAAACCUCCGACUCUGUUACUGCAAAGAAAGUGUCCUACGUUGGAACCAGCAGCCUCUCUUCCUCCACAUCUUCCUCCUCAGUAGAGGCUAAGCUGCACCUUUCCAACCACCUUCGGCACCGCAGCUCAAAUAACCAUAAAAUUUCAGCUCCGUUUAGGUCCAAGUCCUCUUCGUUAAGGACUAUUAAUGGGCUCAAGGCUCGUGCUCCAUCAGUAGGAAGCCUGCAGCAUUUCCAGGCGGAAUUCCACCUUGGGGACCGAGUGCUAGUCGUGGGUCAAAGGAUCGGUACUGUAAGAUUCUAUGGCAAAACCAGCUUUGCUCCAGGUUUUUGGUGUGGAAUUGAACUGGACAAGGCCCAUGGAAAGAACAACGGGUCUAUCUCAGGGGUUCAGUACUUUACAUGCCCCCCCAAACACGGCGUGUUUGCCCCCCCAUCCCGAGUACAACGGGUGUCCGGCUCAGUAGACUCUCUGUCAGAAAUCCCAGCAAGCAAACUCAAUCAUUCUUUCCCAGGAUUCAGGAGGAGUUAUAGUUCAACAUCAACCAGAGCAUCACAAAGGGAGGCUGACCGUAGGCAUUCUUUGGGCAGACCCAAGAAGCCGACUCUGCGUCGGAGCUGGAGUAGCACCGUGACCACCAACAGCAGCAGCAUUGAGGACCCGGUGAAACUGCUCCAGGGCUCCCAGGUGCUACUCACCAGCUCCAAUGAGAUUGCAGUGAUCCGCUACAUCGGCCCCACUGAUUUUGCCCCUGGCGUGUGGUUGGGCCUCGAGCUCCGGAACGCCAAAGGGAAAAAUGAUGGCUCCGUGGGGGCAAAACAAUAUUUCCACUGCAAACCCAAACAUGGCAUCUUGGUGCGGCCGAGUCGCGUCACCUACCGUGGCAUUAAUGGUUCAAAACUGGUGGACGGAGUUUGUUGACCAGGAUCUUUGUCAGGUUCUGCAUCUUUGUAUCUCCCAACUGGGAUUUGUUACUGAAUUCCAAACGUAUUUGUUAUAGAUAUGAGCAAAUUGCACUUUAUUACCUUCUGUGUCACUCCUUUCUGCUGCUUUAUGUUCCCUCUGUCUCAAACCUUCUCUUUCUUUCUUCUCUAUCUGUUAUUCUUGCACCCAUACUGGUUUGUAAGCAAUCAUACUCUCUUACCUUCUGAGGCUUCUGGGAGUUGUAGUCCAGCCACGGAUAGAGUUGGCCUAUUUCGCUAAUGUUACAAACUGACAGUAGAAUGUUUUUUUUGUGUGGAACCCACACUGAAAACAAAGCACUUAUUGUAUUAUUGGAUGUCCCCUCUUUCCUGUCCUACAAGAACAGCAGCCUUUACCCUGCGCUUCUCCAGACACUGCUGAACUACAGUGGCUGGGAGGAUGCUGGGUAUUGAAGUUCAGCAACAGGAGCGCAGGGUAAAAAGUUACACGUUUAAACAAAAGAGAAUUGUUUCCCGUUUGGGAGGGUUUUUAGGAUUUUGUUAUGUUAAUGUAUAUAGAUCAGGGGCUUGUUUUUAGCUUUGGGGUCAGCUGCUUAGGCUGUAAGUUUAUUUAUGUCAAGCCAUGAACUGCAUAGAGAAUGUCACUAAUAUGAAUUCAUCUCCUGAAUGUAUUUAUGUGCCAGAACUGAAUGUACUGGGGAAUGUGUGCAGCAUUGUUUCCCACAGGGCUAAGGCUCGUAUGUAUCACAUUGCAUCUAUUUAUCCAAGGGCUGAUCCUGCCUCUUCCCGUUGCUUCUCCCUCUUAGCAGCCAUUGGAAUCCUCAAGGCCAGCCCACUGCUUCCUGCUCCUCCCCCUGUAAGGUUCCAUUGGAGUCCUCAAGGCGAACCCACUGCUCCCUGCUCCUCCCCCUAUAAUCCUCCAUUGAUGUCCUCAAGGCCAGCUCCCUGCUCCUCCCUCUGUAAGCUGCCAUUGGAGUCCUCAAGGCCAGCCCACUGCUCCCCCCUCUGUAAGCUGCCAUUAGAGUCCUCAAGGUCAACCCACUGCUCCCUGCUCCUCCCCCUGUAAGCCUCCAUUGGAGUCCUCAAGGCCAGCCCACUGCUCCCUGCUCCUCCCCCUGUAAGCCUCCAUUGGAGUCCUCAAUGUCAACCCACUGCUCUCUGCUCCUCCCCCUGUAAGCCUCCAUUGGAGUCCUCAAGGCCAGCUCACUGCUCCCUGCUCCUCCCUCUGUAAGCUGCCAUUGGAGUCCUCAAGGUCAAACCACUGCUCCCUGCUCCUCCCCCUGUAAGCCUCCAUUGGAGUCCUCAAGGCCAGCCCACUGCUCCCUGCUCCUCCACUGUAAGCCUCCAUUGAUGUCCUCAAGGCCAGCUCACUGCUCCCUGCUCCUCCCUCUGUAAGCUGCCAUUGGAGUCCUCAAGGUCAAACCACUGCUCCCUGCUCCUCCCCCUGUAAGCCUCCAUUGGAGUCCUCAAGGCCAGCCCACUGCUCCCUGCUCCUCCCCCUGAAAGCUGCUUGAUUUAGAGGCACUAGACUGGUGGAGAAAUAAAAUGUAACAUUGUAUCACUUUAUUCCCAAUUACUAAGACAAUUUUCACUCAGAUCUUUCAGUGAAUUGCUCUUCUGCGCAGAUUGGGGUGAGUCGUAGUCACAAUUAGUCUCCCCUGCUCCAUGGACAAUUGUGGCGUCACCCAAGUGAUGUCACAUUUUGGAUACAAAUGACAGAUUUGCCUUAUCAGCGUCUUCCUGGGACAGACAGAAUGUACAGGUAUCUGAAUGGAACGUUGGAAGUGAUUUUAUAGAGAGGAAUGGAGCUGAGCGCAGAUUAGGAGGCGGCUUGGCCGCCAAAUUGUGGGUUCAGGGUUUUCCUGUUUGUUUUAUAUAUUUGUUAUUAACUCUUUAACUAAACAGUGUUGGAUUUUCAUAAUGUAAAUAAAUAUAAAUAAAGCCAA